AAGGCAUCAAUUUUGAAAUGGAGCAUAUCCCUUUCGCGCCUAGGCCUAGGUUAAGCCCUAGUUCUCUCGCUCGCGAUGGCGGAGGCGGAAGUAGAUCCAUUCGCCGAGAAGCCGCAGCCGAGAGAGGUCUGGGAACCCGCGGAAGAGGAGAAUUUCGAUGAAGUUCGCGAGUCUGUGGAGGGCAAGAUGGAUGUCAAUAUCCCCAAUCCCAUCACUCAGAACACACCUCUGCUCAUUGCGAUCAAAAAUCGAAACGUGGAAAUGGCAAAGUAUCUUAUCAUCAGGAACUCCGAUGUUAAGAUGCAAAAUGCCGUUGGUGAUACUGCUCUUCACUGGGCGGCCUUGAGAGGAGACGAAGAACUCGUCAAGAUGAUAAUCAACAAGAUGGCGGAAAUAAACGCUGUAGGCGAGUGUGGGAACACUCCUUUGCAUCUUGCUUGCAGCCGGAACUAUGUACAAAUCGCCAAGAUCUUGAUUUUGGCCAGGAGGGUGCCUCUGUGACUCAUAGAAAUGACUACGGCAACACUCCUGUACAACUGACAACGAACAACACUAUCCGGCAAAUGGUAACCUGGACCGUUUUCCAAGUUCUAUCUUUGCUUUUUCGUUUUUCUCCAGAUCAAACUUGUUACUGACAAGGGAGAGGCUGGACGUGAGCAAGUGAAAGCCGCGGAGCGAAACAG